AUGGCGUUCGGAGCACUAGCAUUUUCGAAAUACGAAAACUGGACGUACUUCGAUUCUCUUUAUUAUUGCUUCACUACACUAACCACAAUAGGAUUCGGCGACUUCGUGGCUCUUCAAAAAGGAGGGGCACUUCAGAAUCGUCCUGACUAUGUCGUUUUCUCCUUAGUCUUCAUUCUAUUUGGUUUAACAGUGAUAUCCGCAGCAAUGAAUCUCCUUGUUUUGCGGUUUUUGACUAUGAACACCGAAGAUGAACGAAGAGAUGAACAACAAGCAAAGCUGGCAGCUCGUGGACUCGUACGAGUUCGUGGUAGACGAAGAGACUCCGACGAGGACGUCGUUAGUCCAGUUGGUCUACCACUUAGUGAUAACGUAUCUGUGAGUACUACGCACAUUUUGUAUGCUCAUGUUCCUGUUAUCGAGUCCCUUACGGAGAUGAAGAAGUUCGGCAACGGAACCGAACUUCCGCAGGAAAUACAACAGGCGAAGACGCAAAUGUGCGGCAUAGCCAUCAUGCUACCACGAGCAUGUAGAUACUCUUCUUGA